CUGCGUCUGUCGCUUCUGCAGUUCUGCUGCACAGUACCGCGCGCGCUGUCUUUCGCGUUUAUUGACGUUUGUCACAUAGAGCUUUAUCGAAUAAAAAAAUAUAGAUCAAAAAAGUUAUUGCGAUGGAAAGUGCUACAAUGGAAUCAAGUUCUUCUGCAUCAGAAUGUGGUGGAUUAAAAAAACGUGUGCGAAAAGAUAAAUGGAAAGAAAAUAAGAGGAAAAUCAGCAAGAAUCCAGGAAGAGGUUAUGUUUCUAAGAAUGAAAAUGAAAUCGAUUGCAAAAUCUUUAAACAAAUUACUAACUGUUGUAAUAAUAAGUGUUGUUCGAAACUAAAUCGACAAGAACAAAAGGAUAUUUUCCAAAAGUUUUGGUCUCUGGGUUCGAAAGCAGACCAGGAUACUUUUUUAAUUAGUUGCGUGCAUCGAGAGAACAUUAAAACUGCAAAACCUAGUCCCAAAACCAAAAAUCGACAACAUUCUUGGAAGUAUACAGUAAAAAGUGCCGGUUCAGAUUCCUUUAUUUGUAAAAAAUUCCUAAUAACUUUACUUCAAAUUACUGAAAGAAGAAUGAAAACUAUACAUCAGUAUAAUAAUAAAGGUUUGCUUGUUGCCACAGAAACUCGUGGGAAGGCACCGAAUCCAAAAAAAAUACCGGAUGAUAUUUGGGAAUCAGUUGAAGAACACUGGUCAACACUGCCUCACAAGGAAUCACAUUAUAAAGGCCAGAACACGAAAAGGAAAUACUUUGAUAAUGCAGAUCUUACAAUUGUAAAGUUGCAUUCUUUAUUUUUGAAAUUUCACGAAAAGAAAACAGGAACUCGGCUUGAUUUAACAUACAAAGUUUACCAUAAAUUUUUUCGUGAAAAGAGCAAAUACUCUAUUCGAUCACUUAGAACCGAUGUUUGCGACUUUUAACAACGAAUCCUGAUGAUUCCUGUAAGAAUGACUUACGCAUUCAUGAAAAAAUGUAUAAAGAUCAUAGAGAAAUGAGUACACUACUGGAGUGUGUAAAGACGAUAAAAACAAAACAUUGGUUCUUGAAUUUGAUUACGCACAAAAUCUGCAGCUCCCUAUGAUGCGAUAUUGCGCUUGGUUAUCUGCAAAGCGUAAUGUAAAAAUAAUCCACAUUCUCCCUGUUGGAGGACAUAGCUAUUGUCAAUGCGACCGAAAUUUCGGUCUGUAUGGGUCAGUUUUAAAAAGACAGGAGAUAGUAGAAAUCUCAGAUGAAUAUAUUAGUAUUAUGAAAAAAUCCUAGCCCAUUUCAAGCUGAAAUGAGUGGUCAUUUGUUUCAAGACUAUAUAAAAUUAAUUAUUUUCAACUAAUUAAAAUUUAGAGAACAGUAUAAAUAUCUAUAAAAAUUGAAAUAAAAAGCGAUUUUUUAAAAAAAAUUAAAAUAAUAAAACUUUUUUUAAUUUUGUGAAAAAAUUGUUCCCGGUUUUCCCAGUUAGUAGACACUCUUGCGAAUAAUUGGAAUUUCCUAAAAUUGAAUUGUAAACAAAUGGAUUUGAAAAUUCUCAAAGAACUUAAUUAACAAAAUUAUUUAACUUUUUUUUAAAAAAUUCAGCGUAAAAAACAAAAAUUAAGUUUAUAUUAUGUUUAUACAAAGUUUUGAUAAUUUCGAAUAACUUUUGAGCGACCGGACGAAAU